AUUGGAAUCGCAUUUCAACACUCAAUUCAAUCAAAUCUCCAUUUGUUUGCAUUGUUUUGUAUUUGUAUUUCUAUUUCAAUCCAUUUAAACAUUAAUUUAGUUAUUAUUUGUUUCAUACGAUUGUAUUGUUUGUCAAAAUGUGACACAAAUUUGAUUGCAUUUCAAUACAAAUCGAUAUAUCAUUUGAAAACUCGAAUUAAAAAUUAUAGAUAUUUUGGAAAUUUCAAUAAAAAUGUCUUUUUUAAUACAAUUAAUGAAAUCAAACACAUAUUCAUUACACAAAUGUCUAAUCGUUUGGAUUUUGUGUAUUAUUUCAUUGAAUAUAAGUCUUACGAAUGGAGACAUCGCUGUCAUCUCUCCAACCAAUCGGACAGUGGAUGUGUUCGUCGACUUUGAAUUAGGUUUCGCCGCUUCUGUCCCUUCGGAUGGCAUUAUUGGUCGACUCGUUGUGGGCCAACCCGAGGAUGGAUGCGAUAAAAUGGUUGGUCCGCCGCAGACCAACCAAACGGGUGUCAAAUGGUUUGUAUUGGUUAAGCGCUAUCCGUGUCAGUUCAGCCAAAAGGUUCAGUACGCAAUGAAAGCCGGAUUCGAUGCCAUUAUUAUCUAUAACAUCGAUGUUAUGACUGUUAAGAAGUAUUCUUUAGUCCAUUCAUCACAAAGUGAGAAUGGAGUGACAAUUCCGGCUCUUCUAAUCUCGUUCGAAGACGGCUGGGCUCUCAAGAGAGAGUAUCUCUGGAAUAAAGGCUUCUUUCUAAUGAUAUUACCGGAUCUGCCAUUCAAUCUGAACGCAUAUCUCUUGCCAUUCGCUAUUGUAAUCGCUGUCUGUCUUCUUCUCAUGAUUUCAUUUAUGAUCUUUCAGAUUGUGAAAUGCAUUCGCGAUCGAAAGAGACGUCUUCGGCAUCGGCUCUCAUCCCGACAUCUCAAACAAAUCCCGAUUCAAAAGUUUAAAAAAGGCGAUCAAUACGACACGUGUGCCAUAUGUCUGGAGGAAUAUACUGAGGGGGAAAAGCUUCGCAUUCUUCCUUGUGGUCACGCCUAUCACACGAAGUGUAUCGACCCGUGGCUGACAAAGAACCGUCGGGUGUGUCCCGUAUGUAAAGGCAAAGUAGUACUUCCGGGGAUGAGUGAUAUCAGUGAUACUGAAUCCGAGUCCGAAACGCACAAUACGGGAGCCAAUGAGAGAACGCCAUUACUAUUCGCCGAUAGAGCCCACACUCGGCAUAGGAAUGGUAGGCGUCGGCGGCGAUCGUAUCCACAGACGAGCGCUUCGACCGAACAAACGAAUGGUACAAAUACUGAAUCGGCAGCUCAUGAGACGGCAGACCCCAAUAGUCCACUCUUACCGCCCGACAGCGUGAGUGUGAGUGCGCCUAAUGUGACACUCGUAGAGGUGGACAUCACUCCUAUGAUGGCUCCGACCUAUCUAUCGGUCAACUGCGACGACGAAGAAUCAGUGCUCGAAGUGGCCGAUGAGGUGACCCCUCCUCCGCCUACCCCUGCUAUUAGCGCCCUUUCAGCCGAAUCCAGAGCUUCUCGGAGUCGUCGACACGAUGUGAUUGUAUAGUUAGUCACACUUUAAUGUAAAUAUGGAUUCAAUAGAUUGCGUAAAACAACUCAUUUUGAACAGUAAUCGUGAGAUUAAGUAAGAAAUUAAUGAGAAUAGAUUUCUAAAACAUUUCAUUCAACUAAUUGUUUAGUCAUUUAAUCGUAAACUCAUUCAAUAUAUUUGACCGC